CCAAAAGAGAAGGACACGCGCUCAGCUGCUUUCCAAAGACGCGCGGAGGAGUUGAGGGGGGAGCGCCGAGCCCGCGCGCCCUUGUCUGGGGGGGAAAAUGACAGUGGUGCCCGCGGAGAACCUGGAUGAGACUGUGGCUCUGGCCGCGCUGUCAGCCCAGGAUGUGUUCGAACCGGAACCGGCCCAGAACCAGGACUGCUGCGAGCGCGUGGUCAUCAACAUCUCCGGGCUGCGCUUCGAGACGCAGCUGAAGACGCUCGCGCAGUUCCCCGCCACCUUGCUGGGGGACCCGCGCAAGAGGAUGCGCUUCUUCGACCCGCUGAGGAACGAGUACUUCUUCGAUCGGAACCGACCCAGCUUUGACGCCAUCGUCUACUACUACCAGUCCGGCGGGCGGCUGCGCAGACCCGUCAACGUGCCGGUGGACAUCUUCAUGGAGGAGAUCAAAUUCUACGAGCUGGGGGAGGAGGUGAUCGAGAAUUUCAAGGAGGACGAGGGCUUCAUCAAGGAGGAGGAGCGCCCGCUGCCCGAGCACGAGUUCCAGCGGCAGGUCUGGCUGCUUUUCGAGUACCCGGAGAGCUCCGGAGCCGCGCGCGGCAUCGCCAUCGUGUCCGUGCUCGUCAUCCUCAUCUCCAUCGUGAUCUUCUGCCUGGAGACUUUACCGGAGUUCAGGGAAGACGCCAGAGACUUGGAGGCGCAGCCCUACGUGAACGGAACCGCCAGCGCAGACCGGGCGAACCCCUUCACGGACCCGUUCUUCAUCGUGGAGACGCUCUGCAUCAUCUGGUUCUCCUUCGAGCUGCUGGUCCGGUUCCUGGCGUGUCCCAGCAAACCCGCCUUCUUCAAGAACAUCAUGAACACCAUCGACAUCGUGGCCAUCAUGCCCUACUUCAUCACGCUGGGGCUGGAGCUGGCGGAGCACCAGGGCAACGGCCAGCAGGCCAUGUCUCUGGCCAUCCUGAGGGUCAUCCGCCUGGUCCGGGUCUUCCGGAUCUUCAAGCUGUCCCGCCACUCCAAGGGGCUGCAGAUCCUGGGGAAGACGCUGCAGGCCAGCAUGCGCGAGCUGGGGCUGCUCAUCUUCUUCCUCUUCAUCGGAGUCAUCCUCUUCUCCAGCGCCGUGUACUUCGCGGAGACCGACGACCCUCACUCGGGCUUCUCCAGCAUCCCCGACGCCUUCUGGUGGGCCGUGGUCUCCAUGACGACGGUGGGCUACGGAGACAUGUGUCCGGUCACCAUCGGGGGGAAGAUCGUGGGCUCGCUGUGCGCCAUCGCGGGGGUUCUGACCAUCGCGCUGCCGGUUCCGGUCAUCGUGUCCAACUUCAACUACUUCUACCACCGCGAGACCGAGCACGAAGAGCAGUUCCAGUACACGCACGUGACCUGCGGCCAGCAGCAUCCGGCCUUCGGAGACCUGAAGGGGAGCGACAGCAGAGCGUCGCUGUCCCGGUCCGAGGACGCAGACUCCAUCAAGUACACCAACUGCAGCCCGCACAAAGGCGCGCUCACCGACGUCUGAUCGCCUUUACGCACGAGCUGCGCGCACAGUUCCCGCCUUCAUGGAUAAGGUGAAACCGGACCCGCGUGGAACUGCUGCUCGUGGAGAUCCAGACUUUGAAACAUUUAGCUUAUGGAGCACUUUACUGUCUUUCAUGCUCGGUUCAUCCGCGCACGUGCCCCCCGGCAUCAGGUUUUUAAGGGUACGUGCGCUCCAGACUUCACGGGACCAAAUCCCUCUCACCUUACGGGGAUGCACGUGGCUGCGCGUGCACACCUGUUGUUCCUGGAUGCAGCAGAGCGGGGGUCAGAUCCAGAAAUACCCCCUCUGAGGGCAGAUUUUAUUUUCAUCUCCACUGUGCAAUCAGCCUGUGAGGCAGAGCGCGGGGCGAAGCGCUGCACGGAGCUCAUCCCCGGACCAGCAGCGCCACCGUGUGGCCGUCAGGACACGCUGCGUGUCUUCAGCAGUUUCUAUAGCAACCUUCCAGACGAUUCUCAACCGUCUGCCGCAGAAAUGAAGGACGCGGCGGGAACACAGAAGCCGCGAACCUCCAUGUUGUGGAAGCGUCCAUGUUGCAUCUGCAGCUCCUGGAAAACGAUUCUAAUCCGACAGAUUAGGUCCUCCAGAUGCUCCUGGUUCCCAGCCUCAAAUCCAGGAGAACAGAAUCAAAAGAGAAGAAGCGGCUGCAGGUUAAAAUCAUAAAGGAUGCGCACAAACAGAUAUUUGAGGAAAAAAUGAGCUAAAACUGCAAGAAUAAAACUGUGGUUUUGUGCUCCAGGCUACGGCAACACAAAAGAGACAAACAAGAGUCUUAUUUUUUACAUUUUAAUUAUUUUUAUUUUGUACAAACAACAAAUGAGUUAAAGCAAGAAAAAAGUAAACAGAUUAAAUAAAUAAUGCAAUCACACUGUGCUGUAAUGUAUGGAAAAAACAACAAUAUAUGUAUUUUUUUAAAUA